UGUGUGUGUGUGUGCGCGCCGCAUCCAUACCAGGACCCUCUCACUUAUUCUCCACAUGUCUCCGCAGCUUUCACCGGAUUUCAUGACAUCAUUGAGCUGGUACCAGCUCCAACACACGGGGCUGUAGUGUGGUGUGUGACUGCGGCUCCUCGGCGCUUCUUUACGGGUAUUGUUGCACCACUCCUCCGCCCAUAAGAAAGUCUCCCACCCUCACACACACUCUUGCCAUGCAGGAGGUGUAACCCUCCUUCCUCUUCCUUGUGCACCAUCGGAGGAGACAGAAAACAGAAAGAUAAAUAAAUCCAGUAUCCAAUCAAGAUGUCCGACCCUGGUGCCUCCUCGCCGACAGACCACCCGCUGCCACUCACCUCCCCCCGAACCCCCCUGCAGUUCUCCUUCCCCUUCAUGAGGGAGGGCAGUCGGGUUUGGGAGAGGGAGAGGAAACCGCCGCAGCCGAGAGAGCUGCCCAGCCCACUGCCCACCAAACGCACCCGCACAUACUCAGCGACAGUGCGAGCCAAGUCAGGUCCAGUGUUCAAAGGGAUGUGUAAAAACUUCUCCAGGUCUCAGGGUCAUGGAUUCAUCAAACCCUCUCACGGAGGAGAGGACAUCUUCGUCCACAUCUCUGACAUUGAUGGAGAGUAUGUGCCUAUGGAGGGGGACGAAGUCACGUACAAGGUGUGCCCCAUCCCUCCCAAGAACCAGAAGAUCCAGGCGGUGGAGGUGGUGCUGACCCAACUGAACCCAGUCACCAAGCACGAGACCUGGUCAGGUCAGAUCAUCAGCUCCUAGACCAGCGCUCCAGGCUGCAAGGCUGCAAAGGAAACAGGGGAAUAUGGAGUUAGUGUUAGCUUUUAUGUUUUUUUGAAGAGGGAAUCGGAACGUGCCGCGGAGUUCUGCCUGAAGUGUCUCGGUUAUUGAAUGGUGUUGGUUUGAGUUUGAGGUCAGGGCUGGAAAUGAAGCUUUGAAUGUAUAUGUUUGAAUGUUUUCCUUUGACGGUCAUCAUUAGGGUUUAAAAGUUAAGGCAUCAGGGUUUUUACUUUGACCUAAGGAUUAUAUUUUAGUAAAUCAGUGGUUGUAGAGAAGCGACGUCUUAAAUGAGGCUAAAGAGGCUGAAUCACAUUUCGAGCAGAUUUGACCCAGUUCAGCUGUAUUCACGCUGCACACUACAGACAGGACGGUUGAAGUGUCAAGGGACCGGCUCCAUGUAGUUCUGAAUUUCACCAACUGAUGUAAAUUACAUGCCAACACUGCCAAAAGUCAUGUGACAAACAUCUGAUUGAAAAAUGCACCAUAAGCCAUAUUGUGUCUUGUGUUUACAAAGACGGAUGGAGACGACUGCCUUCGGAAGACAAACAUUUCAAGGUGGUUUGAGGUUCCGAGUGCAGCGGAAAUGGAAACAAUCAAUGCACUUACUGGAAAGUAUCUUUGACAAAAAUCCAAAUAGCUCUUAAUGCAUUUUGGCCUCUAGAGCUGCGAUAAGCUCUAUAAAUAAGGAAUUAUUUUCCUUCUUAAUAUUGUAGCGCUACUGUAUUUUGUCUACUUGGCAAGUGUAGAAAUCCAGUGUUAUUGUAGCCAGCUCCUAUGACGGUCUUAAGCUUUGGUGGUAGAGGCAGUAGCUUGCCACUGGGACACCAGGCCAGAGGGGUUUUUGGUUGGGGGAAGGAAACAGGAGAGGGAGGAAGGUCAGGGAACGGGCGGAGGAUGGAGUGAUUAUCUGUGCACGGCUUGAUUUGAAAAUGUCACAAAGCAUGUGUAAUCAGCAAGACCAUGAGUAAAGUCAGAAGUCAAAACAUAAGCAGAUAAAGGAAAAUAAAGAAUCACCACGUUAGAGCUGAAAGAGAUGAACUGUACAUUUUUAGGUGGGAACAUGGGAGUAAGUUUCAUACGACUGUGAGGAGAGAAAAGCAGUAAAAGCUUCCCGAUGUAAGUUUAAAAAGACUUUAUUUAUUGACUUAUUUAUUUUCAUUUGUAACUAUAAGACUAUCAGGUGUUUGGUAAUUAAAAAGCUGCAUUUAUAAGUAUUUGUGCAAAUGUAAGCCUAUGUGAAUACACUGCACACUCUAAUGAUUCUACCCUGUUAAUAUCCCUUUGCAACUUUCCGAACACAAGUUUCUAAUUUCUUCUUUGUCUAACUUUUAAUAACCACGUGAUGUUGGAAAUAACAAGCAGUUUUGUGGUUCUGGAAAUCGGCAUGUUCUGUCCUGUACUUUUAUAUUAAAUGUGUUGAUUCAUCAUGAAUGUGACUUAACAUCAUCGUAACUGCAUCUUUUAGUUUUGUUUACUGCGAGAGAAACACGUUUGAUUGUGUUCGCAAGCACUUUUGUUUUUGUCAAAUCACUGUGACGUUAAGUUAAACUUUGAAUAAAACUUCUGUAUUCACAGAA